UAGUUAGUUUCUCAAAUUAGUUUCUAGGUUGUUUAUGCAAAAGUUUGUAAUUUUUAAUAUAAAUAUUAAUAUCUCUACAUGUCAGUGAUAUUGACCUAUAUAGAUCUAAAUCCUGAGUAUGUUUAGAUUCUAGAACCAAAUUUGAAUAAGUGAAAGACUUUCACCUACAGAUUGUUGUAUGAGGCUCUGUACAGUGAUGUUUUUUCAAUGAAGUUAGGGUUCGCAAGCACCAAACAGUGCAAAUUAAUGUGGUUAUUUAUUAACUGAAGUUUAAGGGAAAAUCAACAAUGUUUGUAAGUCCUAUGUCUACCAAAGCAAAAUAUAGAAAAAGAGCCUAUGAACAAUCCAAUGCUGACCCAGUUCAGAGUCUAUCCAAUAGUGUCAGUGCCAUAGAGAAUCCCCACAAAAAGAGUAUUCCUUGCACUGCUACUAACACUGAAACUCAUUCUAUUAAAAAGAAUGGUUGUUCUGAAGAAGUUGACAUUUGGUCUAUGAAACAAAAUAACUGUGAUACUAUUUAUUUAUCUGAUGAGUCAGAUCUUUUUGAGGAUGAUCAAGAUUGUUUAAUAGAGAAAUUUACUGGCAUGAAAUAUGAAUUAACUUCUGAUGUAACCUCAGAAUCAUGUAGAAAUGACAGUAAAAAUAAAAAUAUCUCCCAAAUAGAGUCAUCUAUAAAAACAUGUAAUGCAUCUCCUAGAAUCAGCGGUGAGAACAUUGAUGUUCAUGAUAGCAAUAACUCUUCCGAAAUGAAAGCAAAUGCUUCCUUAAUCAAUAAAACUGUUUCACUUAAAGAAAAGUUAAAAAACAAAUUGAAGCAGAAUGCUGCUACGACAACUUUCUUUCUAGAUAAAGAAGAGGAAAUGAAAGAAAAAGCUUUGCAACAGGCACGCAUUGAAGCUUCUCAAAUCAGGAAAGAAGGAACCAGUGUAGAUAUAGGAUCAUUUUUUGGUCUGCCUUCCAAAGUAAAACAGUUAUUUGAGACCAAUCGUGGAAUAACAAAACUUUAUGAUUGGCAAGUGGAGUGUUUACAAUUAAAGGCUGUGCAGGAACGUAAAAAUCUUAUUUACAGUCUCCCUACUAGUGGUGGCAAAACUCUGGUGGCUGAAAUUCUCAUCAUGAAAGAAUUGCUAUGUUACCAAAGAGACUGUAUGCUGAUUCUUCCCUUUGUGUCUAUAGUGCAAGAGAAGGUUCAAAUAAUUUCAGAAUUCGCUAAUGAACUAGACUUUAUUGUGGAAGAAUAUGCUGGCAGUAAGGGCAGAUUCCCUCCUACAAAAAGACAAAAGAAAAAAUCUUUGUACAUAGCAACGAUUGAGAAAGCUCAUUCCAUAGUGAAUAGCUUAAUUGAAUCCAACAGGAUAGAUUGCCUUGGCCUUGUUGUGGUGGAUGAGUUACACAUGAUUGGAGAAGGCAACUCAAGAGGAGCAACAUUAGAAUCAACUUUAUUGAAAAUUUUAACUGUUAAAUGUGCUACUCAAAUCAUAGGAAUGAGUGCAACAUUAAAUAAUAUCAAAGAUUUACAAACAUUUCUUCAAGCUGAAGUCUAUUCCAAUGAUUUUAGGCCAGUCACAUUACAAGAGUAUGUCAAAGUUGAAGACAAUAUUUUUAAAGUGAACUCAAAAGCACUAGAUGAAGACGGUUUCUUAGUGCAUGAAAGGAUUCUCACAUUCCCUUAUACAAAAGAAAUCACACAGGAAGAUCCAGACCAUUUGCUUGGUCUUGUGACAGAAGUCAUUCCAGAGAAAUCAUGCUUAAUUUUUUGCGCAACAAAGAAAAAUUGUGAAAAUGUUGCACUCCUAUUGAGCAAACUAAUGUGCAACCAUCAAAGGCAUUUAUUGGAAGUCAACAAAGACAAGAGACGUCAGUUGUUGAGAGAACUCCAGCAGGAUGGGCAGGGUAAACUAUGCCCUGUCUUAGAAUACACUGUCCACUUUGGCAUUGCUUAUCAUCACAGUGGGCUGACAAUGGAUGAAAGACGUCUAAUUGAAGAAGCCUAUACCAGUGGUGUUCUGUGUUUGCUUACUUGUACCUCCACACUUGCUGCAGGUGUAAAUCUACCAGCCAAAAGAGUCAUUUUGAGAAGUCCAUAUAUUGGGAACAGUUUUAUAAAGUUCAACCAAUACAAGCAAAUGAUUGGCAGGGCAGGCCGAGCUGGAAUUGAUACCUCAGGGGAGAGUAUUCUUAUUAUUAAUAGCAAAGACAAGAUGAAAGUAAAAAAAUUAUUAGAAUCUCCUCAAGAUCGUUGUCACAGUAGUCUGGGUUAUGAAUCUGGUAAAGGAAUCAAAUUUUUUUUACUGUCAGCCAUUGGCUUGAAGAUAGUUUCAACAACUAAGGAAGCUUUUGAAGUCAUGAAGAAGUCUUUAUUACACAUUCAGUCAUCGGAACUUGACAUUGAAAUCAACUCAGCCACAGCUGAAGCCCUGCAGUUCUUAGUUGACACAAAACUUGUUGCUCAAACCAAGAGUUUAGAUAAUGUUACCCUAGAGGAAAUAUUUAGCUUACAAGUUACUCAGUUGGGAAAAGCAACUUUCAAAGGUUCUAUAGAUCAUGCUAUUAGUUGUAGACUGUAUGAAGAUCUGAGUCAAGCAAAAGAAUCUUUAAACUUAACAAGUCAUCUUCACUUGAUCUACCUAGUCACACCAUAUGACCAGGCAGGGGUCAUAACUCCUGAUUGGACUAUUUAUUUUAAACAGUUUUGUAAAUUAUCUGAUUUAGAAAUGAAAGCUGCAGAGAUCAUUGGUGUACCAGAAAGUUAUAUUGGAUUAAAAGCUUCUGGACAAACCUCUAGGAGGAAAGUUUGUCAAACAACUUUGCACAGAUUUUAUCUUGCCCUGAUGUUGUGGCAGUUAUGGAAUCAGAAAUCUAUUUGGGAAGUUGCCACAAAUUUUUCUCAAACUCGUGGAUUUCUUCAAAACUUACUGUCCCAGUCAGCUUCCUUUGCUUCCUGUGUAUUUCAUUUCUGUCAGGAGCUUGAGGAUUUGUGGGCUUAUCAAGAUUUGCUCAGCAAUUUUGUGAAAAAAUUAGCUUAUUGUGUCACAUCUGAAUUAUUGCCCCUAAUGGAGGUACCUGGCAUAAAACUUGCUAGAGCCAAGCAGCUUUAUGCUGCUGGCUAUCAAAAUGUGACCCUCAUAGCUGCAGCAGACAUACCACAUCUAACAGCCUGUGUUCCCUAUCUUUCUAAGCGGAGUGCUAAACAAAUUAUAUCAGCAGCCAAGAAUGUUGUGGAAGAGAAGAAAGCUGCCUUGCUGGAAGAGGUGGAAACAUUAGUCAUUGUAUCUACAUAACAAUUGGUCUUUUAGUAAAUUGUGGAAUUACACAA